UAGCCUUACCUCCGCGUUGAUGCGCUAGCCUUUGACGCGAGCUUGUUGAGAUUCAUUCCUCCUGCAUUUGGGAUUCGCUUGCCGGUGGCAGCCUGGAAAGGCCAAUGAGUACCUCUCGGUGUGGUAUACGGAGCAGAAAAAAGCCAGCCCGGAAUGACAUGAUAUUUUGGUGACUUGCUCGCUGCUUCUUCUCGUCUUCCCUUCCUCCGCCCCCGCGUUUCUGCUACUCUCUUUUUCUAGCGUCACGAGCCAGCCGCUCAUCCACUCGCUGCUCGCCACCACUCCAGUUCCCUGCACUGCUGCUGCUGCUGCUGCUCAGCUCCUGGAAUUGCCACUCUUUCUUUGCUUUCACGGCUACCUCAGCUCCGCUCAGUCCCAAAAGCACGCCUGGAAGCACGGACUGUCGACCAUCAAAAUACAGCUUCUCCCUGAUCGCUUGCUAGGCUCUUGCAGCAGUAGGAGGAAACGACUAACUUUGAGUGAGAUCAGCCCCUUAUUCUACUCUUCCUCUUUCCUCGGUUUUGCUCGGUCCUUGCGUAGCUUCCAGGAGGAGCUCCAGCUAGUGCACUGUGGCCGCAUUGCUUUUUCUCCUUUCCAGGUUGUCGAUGUGAAGCUCCUUCCCAGAGUGUGCCUGCCUCCUGCGCUCUGAUAUAUACUCAUGGCUUUUCUUCCAAGGCUCUUGCUCUAGCGCCUCCAUUCUAUAAAACAUAUCGUGUCUGUACGACAGUUGCUUCCUGAGUCGCACAGGAAACGCAUCCCGCUCGGCUUUGAUAGUCGUCUUCAAAUCCAGAAUCUGCCUUGCAAUCUAUGUGUUGCAUCUUCUACAAUGACCAACACCAUAGCCACCACCACCACCACCAGCAUGCAGACCGUGAUACUCAAAGUCGGACUGCACUGCGAAGGCUGCGAGCGGAGAGUGAAGAAGGCACUGUUUAACGUCAAAGGCACCGCCUCAGUUGAUGUAGAUAAAAACAGAGAAUGGAUCAAAGUAACCGGAUUUGUCGAUCCGUCGAAGCUCUUGAAAGCGGUGAAGAAAACUGGGAAGCCUGUGGAGCUGUGGAACUAUCCAAACGGCAACGGCAACAAGAACCUGUAUGGAUCUCAGCCUGUCAUGACCACCCCGAGCAAAGCUUCGAAAGGAGGUCCGAAGGGAAACAACGGUAACAAAAGCUUCCAAAGCAGCAACAAGUCGAACGAACACGACCGUUCCUUCCAUCCUCAGCCCGAAUACUUGUCUGAAGCCUCCGACUACGAGCAUUCACCCAAAAUGCAGUUUUACGGCAAGGACGGAGGCAAGUCCGACUUGUAUGGCGAUUUCAAGUCCCCCAAAAACCAGAUGUCCGACUUCUACAGCGAUCUCAAGCCCCAGAAAAGUCAGAAGACCGACUACUUCGGCGAUCUCAAGCCUCAAAAGAACCAGAAGUCCGACUUCUACGGCGACCUCAAGCCUCAGAAGAACCAGAAUUCCGGCGGCUACGGUGAUUUCAAGUCCCCCAAGGGCCAAAAGUCCUCCGACUUCCACACCGAUGCCAAGCCCCAGAAGAACCAAAAGAACCAGAAGUCUGACUCGUUCUUUGGCAGCUUCAAGUCCUCCAAGAACCAAAAGUCCGACUUCUACAGCGAUGCCAAGCCUCAAAAGAACCAGCAGAAGUCCGACUUCUACGAUGAUAUCAAGCCUCAAAAGAACCAGCAGAAGUCCGACUUCUAUGGCGAUGUCAAGCCUCAAAAGAACCAGCAAAUGUCCGACUUCUAUGGCGAUGUCAAGCCUCAAAAGCACCAGCAGAAGUCCGACUUCUAUGGCGAUUCCAAGUCCCCCAAGAACGAGAAGUUUGAUCACUAUGGCGAAUUCAAGUCCCCGAAGAGCCAAAAGUCCGAAGGUUUCAAGUCGGCGAAGGAAAAGAAGGCCAACUACAAGGUCGAUACCCGGUCCGAGUACGAUGAUCUCUCACAUUCUGGCUCGGAAGACGACAGUGACUUCAGCGACAGUGUCAAGAAGCCCAACAUCCGUUCAGGCUACGAUGACGAGAAUUCCACUGGACUUUACGGUAAUCAUCAUAAGCAGUCCGGCCACGAGUUUAAAAAGUCGGGAUAUGGCGCCUCCACCUACAACAAUGAGCACAAGUCAUCAGGCUCCACUUACAGCAAUGAGCACAACAAAUCACCGUACAUGGAUACCUCUCGCUUCGACGGUGAUCGAAAGUCCAAUAGCAACCAGAAGAAGCAAAAGUCGCAGGUAGCUCCGAAGUAUGUCUCGUUCGAGGAUGACUACGAGCAGCCAAGGUAUCGACAACAACCUGAAGGAAAUUACCGAAAUCAGGACCGCGGACAUGAGCAAAAGUUCUAUACCACCGAGCAGAGCUACCACCCAGGUUACAGCUACGCGUACCACGACCGCGUUCCUCCUGCCAACACUGGAUUCAGUACUAUGUUCAGUGAAGAAAAUCCCAAUGCCUGUUCAAUCAUGUAAGUUUAUUCUUCCUCUUCAACAGUCAGCUUUUCUUCCAGCUUAUACAUAACUUGCCUGCCGUUGCCCUCGUAUUUGCGAUCGCAGUUUUUCUUUCAUUGAGUUUCAAAUAAAACGUUCGAGUAGAUUAUAGUUAAAAA